AUGUCCAAUCUUCCUGAUAUCCGCGAUGAGAUACUCAAAAUCAAUGCAAAACGCAUCAUCAUCCGAAUGAAAUCAGAAGGAUCGGAGGACUGCCGGACCACCGCUUACAGAAUUGUCGGUGAAGUUUUUCCCGACUGGAAACAGGACAACCGUAUCUUGUUUCUCGCUAUCCAAGAUCAGACCGUUCUUCCCGUAUAUGUGCUCCGAAGGCAGAGGGGAAAUUGGCACCUUAUCCGAUGGCCCCAAGAGGAUAGAUCCGUGGCUGUGCAGUUAGCCGAACUGCAUCGGGUUACUGGAUAUGGUGCGGAGAUCCCAUUCUACGAAAAUCACAACUCGCGUGUUGUGCACGCCAAUCCGCGCGAGUAUCUCAAGUGA